CCCUUAUUACCCUCCUCCAAAAACCCCAAUCAACUCUUCUCUCUCUCUGUUCGCUCUCUUCACCAACCCUAAAUUUCACAUCUCUGCACAAUCGUCUCUCUUCCCAGUCCGUAAAACCCAACCUAAUCGUUUUUCUCUCUUCUGAUUCCGUAGAACCAUGCUUCUCUCUCCCGGCCACUCUCCGCGUCAUAUCUCUUCUCCUUCGCCUUCUCUAUCAUCCAAUUCUCUGCAAACCCUAGGAAAUUCUUCUGAACCUCCCAAGAAUCCUACAAAACAGGCCACCGUUCUCGACGAGGACAGUUAUGUCGCCGCGAUUGAGAAGAUAAUUGAACGGGAUUUUUUCCCUGACAUUCCGAAGCUCCGGGACCGCCUUGAUUGGCUCGAAGCGGUUCGGAGCCGUGACCCGGUACAAAUUCGUGAUGCUCAGUUGAAGAUCAUCGAGCGCCGAGGUGGGAAACUAUCGAAUUGUGAUGCGGAAGGUAAUAAAACUCGAACGCCUACCUCAAUAUUUUUUAAAACCCCUACUCCUUCUGAGUUUGAUAAAACCCCUCGUGCUUCCAACGAUGAGAUUCGGUUUGUUGGUGAAUGUAAUACCGAUUCUGUUGAUGCUUCUAUGACGCUGGAUGAGUUUUUUAGGAGGUACACGAGUGAGGAUAAUGACAGUUUUUCAAAGAUUUUGGAGAAGGUGAAUAAGAAGAGGAAGGAGAGAUAUGGGUAUUUGACAGAAGGAGAAACGGAAGAAGGGAGGGCGAUUGAGGAUAUAAAAAGGGACAGGAUUACAGAUGGGUAUGGGACGUCUGAUCAGCCUCCAAGUACAUUGGAGGGUUGGAAGUAUACUGCAAAAAAUUUGUUAAUGUAUCAUCCAUCUGAUCGUGGUGAAGCCCCUUUAACUGAAGAGGAGAGGGCGGUGAGGAUUAAGGGCUUGACAAAGGAAAUCAAUCGCCCAAAUACUAGAUUUCAUGGUAAAAUGUUGGAUUCAAGGCCAAAAGAUGAAGAUACGGUUGCAGUUCUUUACACCCCUGUUGCUGGAGCAACUCCUGUUCCUAUAUCACUUUCCGAUCGGGAUGGGGAUAAGUUAAAAAAGUAUGAUUUGGAGGAUUUGAGGAAGACCCCAAAUCCAUUCUAUGUGGAAUCAGCAAAGAAAGCAGAGAAUGGUUAUAGUUAUGUUAGAACUCCAUCUCCUGCACCUGGUGUAGAUGAAUCACCGUUUAUCACAUGGGGUGAAAUUGAAGGGACGCCUCUGAGAUUGGAGCCUGAGGACACACCAAUUGGCAUUGGUGGUAGUGGUGAUGGGCCCCAUUUUAAAAUCCCUUGCCCACCUUCUAGAGAUGCAAAAGCUCAUUCGAUGUCUAGAGAAGCCGCCCGAAAACUGAGGGAGAGAUCAAAGAUGUUUCAGAAGCCACCAAUUCCCUCACCUGUACGAGGGGGAAGUGCCAGUCCAAGUGUACGGACACUCUCUGCAGCUGCUCAGAAGUUUGUGAGGAAUGCAAUUGCCAAAGCUUCGUGCUCUGUUGAUGAAACUCUUCGUGCUAGUUACAGAGGUGCAAGCCCUAGCUUUGGCACUCCAAAAUCUGGAAGGAGUGUGUCAAGGUUAGGAAGAGACUGCAGCUUAGUUUCCAGGUCACCUUCUGUAAGAGAGGGCUCUAACCCCCCUUGGUAGAAUGCCAUUUUCACUGAGUGAAGGUUGGGCUGGAGUAAGAUGUCUUUCUGGAUAUAUGUACUUAAUUUUUAACAUGUUCAGGAUGGUUGUGAAUAUAAAAAGGGAUCAUUUUAUCUGUAA